GUUGUUUAAAACCUAGGAGCCAGGAGAGGGGACUCCCACAUUCAAGGCGCGCUCUCAGAGAGGCGAUCUGGAGAAAGAACCACGGCAGCACGGAGUGAGGUGAGGUCCUGGGUGGGGAUCAUCCCAUUGACUGAAGAUGAGGCCGCUCCUUCUCCUGUAUUUUGUCUUGCCCAGCGUCCUGUGUGCCCAGCAAGCCUGCUCCCGUGGGGCCUGCUAUCCACCCGUUGGGGACCUGCUCAUUGGGAGGACCCGGUUUCUCCGAGCUUCAUCUACCUGUGGUCUGGCCAAGCCUGAGACCUACUGCACCCAGUAUGGAGAGUGGCAGAUGAAAUGCUGCAAGUGUGACUCCAGGUUGCCUCACAAUUACAACAGUCACCGAGUGGAGAAUGUGGUCUCGUCCUCGGGCCCCAUGCGCUGGUGGCAGUCACAGAAUGAUGUGAGCCCUGUCUCUCUGCAGCUGGACCUAGACAGGAAAUUCCAGCUUCAAGACAUCAUGAUGGAUUUUAAGGGGCCCAUGCCUGCUGGCAUGCUGAUCGAGCGCUCCUCGGACUUCGGCAAGACCUGGCAGGUGUACCAAUACCUAGCUGCCGACUGCACGUCUGCCUUCCCCCAGGUCCGCCAGGGCCAGCCUCAGAGCUGGCAGGAUGCUCGGUGCCAGCCUCUGCCCCAGAGGCCUAACAGGCGCCUGGAUGGGGCCAAGGUCCAACUUAACCUUAUGGAUUUAGCCUCUGGGAUCCCAGCAACUCAAAGUCAAAAAAUUCAAGAGCUGGGGGCGAUCACAAACUUGAGAGUCAACUUCACCAGGCUGGCCCCUGUGCCCCAGAGGGGCUAUCACCCUCCCAGUGCCUACUAUGCCGUUUCCCAGCUGCGUCUGCAGGGGAGCUGUUUCUGUCACGGCCAUGCUGACCGCUGUGCCCCCAAUUCCAGAGCCCCUGCCAGCCCCUCCACCACUGUGCAGGUCCAUGGGGUCUGCGUCUGCCAGCACAACACCGCCGGCCCCAACUGUGAACACUGUGCACCCUUCUACAACGACAAGCCCUGGAAACCCGCAGAUGACCAGGACCCCCAUGAAUGCCAAAGGUGUGACUGCAACGGACACUCAGAGACAUGUCACUUCGACCCAGCCGUGUUUGCCGCCAGCCAGGGGACACAUGGAGGUGUGUGUGACAACUGCCAACACCACACUGAGGGCAAGAACUGUGAGCGGUGUCAGCUGCACUAUUUCCGGAACCGGCGUCCUGGUGCUCCCAUUCAGGAGACCUGCAUCCCCUGCGAGUGUGAUCCGGAUGGGGCAGUGCCAGGAGCGCCCUGUGACCCAGUGACCGGGCAGUGUGUGUGCAAGGAGCAAGUGCAGGGGGAACGCUGUGACCUGUGCAAGCCGGGAUUUACAGGACUCACCUAUGCCAACCCGCAGGGCUGCCACCGCUGUGACUGCAGCGUCCUGGGUGCCCGGCAGGACAUGCCGUGUGAUGAGGAGAGUGGACGCUGCCUGUGUCUGCCCCACGUGGUGGGCCCCAAAUGUGACCAGUGCGCUCGCUACCACUGGAAGCUGGCCAGCGGCCGGGGCUGCGAGCCAUGUGCCUGCGACCCGCACAACUCCCUCAGCCCCCAGUGUAACCAGUUCACAGGGCAGUGCCCCUGUCAGGAAGGUUUUGGUGGCCUGACCUGCAACGCUGCAGCCAUCCGCCAGUGUCCUGACAAGACCUACGGAGAUGCAGCUAUGGGAUGCCGAGCCUGUGACUGUGACUUCCGGGGAACGGAGGGACCAGGCUGCGAUAAGGCCUCGGGCCGCUGUCUCUGCCGCCCUGGCUCGACCGGGCCACGCUGCGACCAGUGCCAGCGAGGCUACUGUGACCGCUACCCGGUGUGUGUGGCCUGCCACCCCUGCUUCCAGACCUACGACGCCGGCCUCCGGGAGCGGGCCCUCCGCCUCAGCAGCCUCCGUAAUGCCACCACCAGCCUGUGGCCUGGGCCGGGCCUGGAGGACCGCGGCCUGGCGUCCCGGAUGCUGGACACGAAGAACAAGCUGGAGCAGAUCCAAGCCAUCCUCGGCGGCGCCUCGGUCACGGAGCAGGAGGUGGCCCAGGUGGCCAAUGCCAUCGUCUCCAUCAGGCAGACUCUCCAGGGCCUGCAGGUGGAUCUGCCCCUAGAGGAGGAGACCUUGUCCCUCUCGGGAGACCUGGAGAAUCUGGACAGAAGCUUCAAUCGCCUCCUCGUUAUGUAUCAGAGCAAGAGGGAGCAGUUUGAAAAAAUAAGCAGUGCCGAUCCUUCAGGAGCCUUCCGGAUGCUGACCGCGGCCCACCAGCGGUCAUCCCAGGCUGCUCAGCAGGUCGCGGAUAGCUCCCGCUGGCUGCUGCAGCUCAGGGACAGCCGGAGAGAGGCGGAGAGGCUGGAGCAGCAGCUGGGAGGAGCAGGAGGGGCCGGCGGCCCCCAGCUCGCGGCCCUGAGGCUGCAGAUGGCUUCCUUGCCUGAUCUGACACCCGCCGCCAACAAGCUCUGUGGGGGCCCCAGGGAGAUGACUUGCACCCCGGGAGCAUGCCCUGGGGAGCUGUGUCCCCGAGACAACGGCACGGCCUGUGGCUCCCACUGCAGGGGUGCUCUCCCCAGGGCAGGUGGGGCCUUCCGGACGGCAGGGCAGGUGGCCGAGCAGCUGCGGGGCUUCAACGCCCAGCUCCAGCAGACCAGGCAGAUGAUCAGGGCAGCCGAGGAAGCCACCUUGCAGGUGCAGUCAGAUGCUCAGAGCCUGGAGAUGCAGGUGAGCACCAGCCGCUCCCAGAUGGAGGAAGACGUCACACGCACGCGGCUCCUCAUUCAGCAGGUCCGGGACUUCCUCUCAGACCCUGACACUGACAUAGCCACCAUCCAGGAGGUCAGUGAGGCCGUGCUGGCCCUGUGGCUGCCCACAGACUCCGCCACAGUCCUGCGGAAGAUGAAUGAGAUCCAGGCCAUCGCAGCCAGGCUCCCCAACGUGGACCUGGUGCUUUCUCAGACCAAGCAGGACAUCGCUCGGGCUCGCAGGCUCCAGGCGGAGGCUGAGCAGGCCAGGAGCCGAGCCCACACAGUGGAGGGCCAGGUGGAGGAUGUGCUGGGGAACCUGCGACAGGGCACGCUGGCACUGCAGGAGGCCCAGGACACCAUGCAAGGCACCCGCCGCUCCCUUCAGCUUAUCCAAGACAGGGUUGCUGAGGUUCAGCAGGUGCUGGGGCCAGCGGAAAGACUGGUGACCAGCCUGAUGGAGCAGCUGGGUGGCUUCCGAGCACGGAUGGAGGAGCUCGGCCGCCAGGCCAGGCAGCAGCGGGCACAGGCCGCCCAGGCCCAGCAGCUGGCAGAGGAGGCCAGCAAGCAGGCACUGAGUGCCCAGGAGGGAUUUGAGAGAAUAAAGCAAAAGUAUGCUGAGUUGAAGGACCGGCUGGGUCGGAGCCCCACGCUGGGAGAGCAGGGCAGCCGGAUCUUAAGCAUCAAGAUGGAGGCGGAGGAACUGUUUGGGGAAACCAUGGAGAUGAUGGACAAGAUGAAAGACAUGGAGUCGGAGCUGCUUCGGGGGAGCCAGGCCAUCACGCUUCGCUCGGCGGACCUGACGGGGCUGGAGAAGCACGUGGAGCAGAUCCGGAACCACAUCAAUGGGCGCGUGCUCUACUACGCCACCUGCAAGUGAUGCGCCAGCGUCCAGCCUGUGGCCCUGCUCAUCUGCCCUCUUUGCUUCUGGGGGCCAGGCUGGCUUGGAAUACUGUCCAGCUGCAGGAAGAUUUUAUGCAACCUAAAGCACAGCCUGGACCACCCUGGUGUGCAGUUGUUAGGAUUACUCUGGGCUGCAGCUGAGCCUGGGCUGAUGGGACAACUACCGCUGAGGGACAGACAUGGUGGAGGCGGGCCACAUCAUUGUAACCAGGAGCUCUCAAGUGGAGGGCGCUUGGCUGGGCAGUGUCCUUGCCCUUCAUUCUCCGUUGAGGCUGAAUCCUGGACCAACACAGAAACAUAACUAAAAAUGAUGUACAAGUGAAAAGCCCAAUAAAAAUCUAUAGAAAGGAGCCUGGA